AUGUCGUCGUCAAGGGAGCUACAAUACUUGGAGUACACUUACAGAAACAACCGUCCCACGACGGGUCUUCUCAACUCCAUCUUCAUGACCACCGUCAACACCGCUGCUCGUUCUCUCGUUUCCGUAGCCUCCGCCCCGGAUUUGGCUUCUAGGCGGUGGUCAGCUUCGGACCAACUCAGUUUCGCGUCGGGUCUUCUUACCGCGGUGGCGGAGAACGCGUUGGUACCGGUUUCGGCUCCCUCUUCAUCGUCGACGUUAUCUACGGCGUUGGUGAAGUAUUCAGGGUCGGCGGAUUUUAGUAUGAUGAUGGGCGACGGCGUUGAUGCACCUUCCGUUAACUCUCUCGGUAGAGCACUUUGUCACGUACUAGCGCUAAUGAACGAGAUUCCAGUAACCUCAAGAAAAUACCAUUUCACCAUGGGAAUGGCUGAGAAGAUCAUGGAAGACAACGCCCAGAGCUGCAACGUGGAGUUACUCGACGUCAAUAGAACCGCCCUCGCUUCAUCCUUCGCACGCACCACUGCGCGUUUGCAGGACUCCUUGAAACGCUCUCGAACCGCAGACGAGCCCUUCGGUGGUCUGCCUCUGCGUUUGGUCAGCGCCCUCCCGUUGGGAGGCUAUGUUGCCUCCUCGUUGAGAGGGCUGACAGCAGCAAUCAACACGGCCAGGUCCUUGGCGGAUAUGGCCGGUAACUUGUUAUCACAGAGUAAGAGGAGGGAGUCUGCGUUGGUGAGAGCCGGUGGUUCUCAGGAGAAUGAGGUUGAGUUGGCUGUUGAGAAGCUGGCGGAGGAGCUGCUGUGGAUGACUGAGAAACUUAGGCGUUAUGGUGCGGUGGAAGAAGGUAUUAAGCGGUGGAGCUAUGCUUCUGGUUUAGCUUCCUUGUCUCUCACGGCUGCUCCUAGGGUUCAGGGUCUUAUGGUCAAGAUUUCAGCGCUCUUAAUUGGAGAGUUGGCACGAGACAGCACACAAGUUCCAGGACAAGUGAAGUUCAGGCUCCUUGCAAACUGGCUACCUCUGUUUAGCCACGCGAGGAACGGGCUAGCGUUUCCUGUGCUGACAGGCUACGAGAGGGUCGAGGUGGAACGAGCCAUAGACAAAGCUAUCUCGACAUUGCCUUCAUUUGAUCAAGAAAUAUUACUCGCAAACUGGCUCCAGGAUUUCUCGGUGUCGGCCUCCGAAUGGCCUGAUCUGACUCCAGCGUAUGACCGUUGGUGCCACUCCAUUCGCCAGGUUGCCAUGUAG